GGGAGGGGAUAUAAACCCGGGGCCCCCGCCCCCAGUCUGGCCUCUGCCGGGCAGCAACAAGUGAGCGCGGCUGGGACAGCAUGGAAGUGCUGACAGUGGAUCGCGCCAACCUGCUCUCUUCCACCUCCUCUUCCUCGUCCCUCUCCCAGCAAGAAGUAGCCACCAAGAUCAAGCAAACACACCGCCUGACAGUGCUGCUGAAGCACUGCUCAGAACAGCUGCUGGCAGAAUAUGUGCGUCACCAAGGGGAGCCAUUCAGCAGUCCAGAUUUCCAGCCCCCUGCCACGGCAGUCCCCGGGCUGCCCUCGCCCUCUGUCCCCCCCGAGGCCUGGCUGGCGCUCAGCGACGGGAAGCGGCUCUGGCACCUUGCCGCGGCCUACGCCACCCUGCCCGGACUCCUGGGUUCCGUGCGGCGGCAGCAGGCCGAGCUCAACCCUUUGGCUUCGGAGCUGCAUCGGCAGCUGGAGGCUGCGGCCCGGCAGUGCCUGGGGCUGGCCGGGAACCUGGAGGGGAUCAUGGGCGCCUUGGAGCUGCCAGGCCCCCCGCCUCCUUCCUCCAGCCUGGGCGGCCCCCCCACCAGCGCCUUCCUGGCUAAGCUGAGCGGGUACCAUGUGUGCCGGCUGCAUCGGGACUGGGCCAUGCGGAGCCACGAGGCACUCGGGCUUCUCCACACCAAGUACCCGCUGUGAGUGCCCCCAUCCUGCCCUCUGCCCCCCAGAUACCGCUGCCCCCCACCUGUCCCUCCCCGGGAACCCUGGAUCCUGCCCCCCCCGAUAUCCCCUGCCCCUGUCACCCCCCAGGUCCUGCCCCCCAUCUGCCCCUCAGAUAAUCUCUGCCCCCCACAUGAAUCCCCCUUGCAUCUGCCCCCAAGUACCCCUGCCCCAACCAUCCCCCCAAGAAACCUCCCGCUCCCCCAUCUUCCCCCCCCAAACCCGCUGCCCCUCCUGCUCCAACCUCCGACUCUCCUCCCCAGCCCUCACUGCAAACUCCUGGGGGAUCUCCCUUCCCCCAACUCCUGCCCUGGUUGGGGGGAGGGGAUCCCACACACACACACUCCCUUGAAGGGGCCCUGCCCCACUGAACUCUGAGGGGAGGGAUCGGUCCCAACUCCCCCCUCCCUGUCAAUACAGACAUUAUGCAGAGGGGCUAGGAGAAGUCCCCUCUGCCCCCCACAAUACUGGGGGACCCCCACCCAUAUAUAUGGAGGUGCAGGGGGGCCUUUGACCCCCCCCAAACUCUAGUUCAUACUGUGGUAUGUUCUUACCAGAAAACAGUGUCAUAAUUAUUAAUAAAGUAUUUUUAGUAGAAGCUCAAA